UUUUUUUUUAUAGUUAUCCUAAUGUUUUUGUAUUUUGAUUUUUCCAUAUUAAUAUGUGUUGAUUGAGAAAAUUGUGCUGUUAUUUUGAAAUAUGCAUGUGAUUUUGUUAUAUGUAUCCUAAUGUUUUUUGUUAUGUGGUAUAAACAGAUGGCCGAUUCUGAAUUGCAUGACAUUAUUAUGCACUACAAGUCCAUUGUGAAAGGAAUUUAUAAUGUUGACCCUGAUAGGUACUAUUUUAUUAAUUUGAUGGAUGAUGUUUUACAAGUGUCUUUAGAAAAUUUACCUGCACAAUUAGGAGUCUCAAUUAUCAUGCAUUGUGAUUUGCCUAGAAGUCAUGAGAAAAUGGUAGUGCAGAGUGAUGCUGAUAUGUUACAAGUUUUUAGCUUUCAUACUAAUCCUUAUAAAAAAUGUGUUCAUAUUCAUGUUGAGUUAGAAACUGUUGAAAAUUUAAACAUGGUAUGUGAGAGGAAUGGUGCUGUGAGGGAUGGUGAAAGGGAUGGUUGUCCAAGGGGUGCCAUGUAAGUGGUGGUGAAAGGGAUGGUGAUGAGGAAGAUGAGAAUGAUGGAGAUUAUAUAUUUGGUUUCAGUUCAGAAGAUGAGGAAUGGGAAGAUGAAAAUGAAGGGUAUUCUAGUGAUAGCGGACUAGUAGAUGAAAGUACUAUGGGGGGAGUUCAAAUAAGUAGUGAUGAUGGUUUGUCCAAUUAUGGGUCAGGGGAUGAAUGUGGAUCAGAAUCAAGUAUUGAAAUAUUGGGUGAUAUUGAUAAAGAAGAUAGGUUUAAAGGUAAAGCCUUUGAUCAAUGUUUAUUUAGGAUAGAAUUUCAAGAGUUCCAGGACAAAAGAUAGAAUUAGUGAAAGGUCACAUAUUUGACAAUACUAAGAAAUUUAGGGAAGUGUUGAGGGAUUAUGCAAUUCAGGAGUGUUUUAAAAUGGUUAGGAAAAAAAAUGAAAAAGCUAGAAUAAGAUGUCAUUAUGCUGCUCCAAGUUGCCCAUGGAUUAUACAUGCAUCACCUCUCUUUGAUAAAAUCACCUAUUAGAUUAAAAAAAAUAAACAAAGAGCAUACUUGUGUGAAGGAGAGCACUUCUAGGGAAGCAACAUCAACAUGGAUUACUAUGAAGUUUGCAGAUAGGAUAAGAAAGAAUCCUGAGAUUAAAAUAGCAUCUUUGGGAGCUGCAGUGAAGGCACAAUAUGGAAUUGAACCUAGUAGAAUGCAGUUGUAUAGGGCAAAGAGAAAGGCACUAGAGGAAAUUAGGGGUAAUCAUGCUAAAGCUUACACAUUACUUCCAGCUUAUGCAUAUGAAAUUGAUAAAACAAAUCCAGGAAGCUUGGCUAAAAUUAGGAGGUUUAGGGCAAAUUUGUAUGUGAACCCAGUCUUUAGUAGAAUUUUCAUCUAUUUUGAGGCACUGGCCACUGGUUUGAAAAAAGGAUGUAGACCAUUUAUUGGUCUAGAUGGCUGCCAUUUGAAAGGACCCUAUGGUGGUGUUCUACUUGCAGCCACUGCACUAGAUAACAACAAUGGCCUUUUCCCAGUGGCCUAUAGUGUUGUGGAAAGUGAAGGAAAGGAAAGUUAGGGUUUUUUUCUAACACAUCUGCAGACUAUGAUUGGCAAAGAUUUUGAGGAUAACCCAUGGACUUUCAUGUCGGAUCAACAAAAGGGACUGGAUUCUGCAAUUUCUUAUAUCUUUCCUAAGGCCCACCAUAGAUAUUGUUGCAGACAUUUAUUUAAUAACUUUAAAAAGAAGUACCCUGGUUUGUUGUUAAGGAAGUACUUUUGGAAGGCUGCAAGAGCUUAUAACCAAGCUGACUUUGAUAUUGCUAUGGGGCAUUUGAGGAAUCUUACAGAAGAAGGGUAUAAUAAUAUGAUACCCCAGGAUCUCCGGAUGCGGGUUGGCCAGGCGCACGCCCGAUUACCCGGGGAUAUCAAACCAAUUAGCAAUAAAUGAACAUAUAAUACAGUUAAGAUAAAACAAGAAUAAAUAAAACUGCUGAAACGAAACUAGAAUGAAAAUCCUUUAUAGAAAAACCCUCAGAAUAAAAUUUUAUAAAUAAAUAACUAGUCUGAUACAACCAACUUCCCCAAUUCUAAUACAACUCGGGAAUCCAUCUCUAAUGGACCCCUAAUAAUAAUCCAAACUGAAAUGAAAGCUACUCAAAGAACAUCCAGAGUAAACCAUGGAGAAAAGUCCUACAUCGUCGGAAAAGUAAGUAGUAGUCUCUGCUCAACACGAUCAAGUCUAAGUUUGGAACUGACAAGUACCUGAAAAAUAGAGGUGGGUCAGGCCCACGAACAAGUUCUAACCUACUACAAUUCAAGCAGAGACUCGAUACGCAUAUACAUUCUAACCAACUCAACAAUAACUAAAUAGUCCGUAGAUAUAUAUAUAUAUAUAUAUAUAUAUAUAUAUAUUCACACUACAGGACUCUCACGGGACUACAGGCCCGUCUCAACCUGACUAAUAGGCACCAUGCAAAAUGCACCAGAAGUGGGCAUGACUACCUAGACCUAGCAGGGUACACAUCUAACCAUCAUACCCAGCUAUGCAUCCCAAUGCAUAUACGCUCCCUAGCCAACAACUCUGAGACUCUGGUUCAUAUCGUGGCACCAUAACAUAAAUAUAUAAAGUCCGUUUCCAAGUGUGUCAUUCAAAAAGUUUAUUGACCUGACACCUAGUUAUAAGUAGGACUUAACUUUUAUAGUUAAUCCAUCUUAUUUCGAUAUAGGUAGGACUUAGUGUUUGAACUAAUCCAUCCCCAAUAUAGGUAGGUCUCAGUAUUUUGAACUGAGCCGUCCCUAGUAUGCCACCGUCCCAUACCGGUGCAUAAACAUCCAUAUAAGUAGGACUUAACUUUUUAUAGUUAAUCCAACUCAUUCCAAAAUAGGUAGGAUUCAGUGUUUUACUAAUCCAUCCCUAAUAUGCCACCGUCUUAUACCGGUGCAUACAAUCCAUCCACCCAGUAGUUGACAAUACAAAUAUAUAUAUAUGUAAAUACCAACUAAUCUAUAACAAAAAUAACAAGAGUCCAUCACAUGUAUAACCAGUAUAUGUGUAUAACAUGCUUGUUCUGUUCUACCAAUACAUGAUUCUCCAAUAGAAUUAAAACACGGAGAACAUGCAUAAUCCAUUCUGUAAUUCACUAUGAGCAUAAUAAUAAUAUUAUCAUAAUUAACAUGCUCACUUUAAACCAUCCCAAGAUAUUCAGUAAGUUUAUAAGACACAAUACUGUAUAUUUAGCAACUAGGUUCCCAUUAAGCAUAACAAAGUAACUAAGUUCCAGUAAUUGAUCAUACAUGUCAUACAUAUAAACAUCAAUUUAAUUCCCAAAAUAGCACAAUAGAAUAUACCAAUUCACAUGCUACUAUUAUACCAAACCAACAUUAACUGAAGCAAGUCGUUAAAUUCUAUACGUCAGUUAAUCCGUAGCUAGCAGUAGUUAAAGUUUAAGCAUAUUUGUUCCUACCACUGUUCCAUGAUUAACAUGGGGUAACCAUCCAUAGUAAUCCGCUAAAUUAGUUUUUAAGCAAUUAAACUCUUCAUCUCCAACGACAGUAUCCGGAUUUUCAUAUACUGACUUAUGUUCUGUAUUACCCUGAACAAUGGUGUUUUAAUACACAGUAAUCAACUCUUGAAAGUUAUAAUAUGAACUUAGAUCAUCUCAAAACACCUCAAUAUAGCUCUUUCCAGAACUUAUAAAUCCCAAAAUACGAGCACCACAGCCUAAACAGUCGCCCAAAAAUCCAAAAAACUGAAGAACUGAAGAGAGACUGCUCCAAACAAGUUGGAGCUGCCUCCAACCUAGAUGGAGCCGGCUCUAAACCACUUUGAGCCGCCUCUAUCUCACUUUGAGCAGGCUCAAAGUCACUUUGAGCCGCCUCCAAGUCCCUUUGAGCCUCCUCAUUCCUCCUCUCUUCAUAUCUGCUUGUUUCCUUUAACUGUGUCCUCUCCGGUGACAUCCAGUUCAUCCGUCCUAAAUUGCUAAGGCUACUACUGGUUAAAGUUAUGUUCCAGUGUGAUCCAGAAUAGUCUAAUGCCUUAGUCAUUCAUCGACAACAAUCGGAACAAGAAUUAUGCAAUUGGAAGUUAGACCGAUCAGUUUACCCUUCAAGAACACACACGGUUCUAACUAAAUCCACCAUGUGAACCAGAGUAAUAUUAAGGCUUCUCAGAGUGUUAUAAACUAAUCUCAACACGUUAUAUAGCAAUUUACAUGAAUUAAACAUCCAAUUACGUGAAUUAAUUUAUGAGUUAAACACGAAAGAUCAUAAAUCAAGCAGUAUAACUCAUUACUACAUUCAGUUUUAAAACAACAGAGACAUGUAAACUAGUUUACUUUUAAUCCUUAUACGUUCCUGAAGUUGCGUUAGAAUGCAAAGAACACAAGCCUAAGGAAUAGAGUAGGAUUAGAACUUGCCUUUACAGUUUUGGAUUCAAAACUCCGUUGCCGUCCUUCUAAGUUUUUCCGAUGAAAUCUCCGAUGACUAUUCCACCUCUGUUGCUCUUGGUUUUAUCCAUGAGCCAACCACUGCUCCUCCUCCUCCUUGGUUCAACCCUAGCCUAAGGCAAAACCCUAGACUUCCUCCCUUUAUCUCUCUCUGUAAUUCGCCCUGUAAUUCUCUGUUAUUCUCUCUAUUUACAGACUUGUGCUUACGGUUUCUAAAACCCUAAACCCUAGUAUUCUUAUGUAUUUAUAGGCUCCAAACAACAAUCCUACUCCAUGUAAAAUUAGAGACAAAAACCCUAAUUCCACUAAUUACCAAUAAGUCCGUAACAGUAUAAUUAACGCAAACAAUUCAAAUAAUUACAAAUAAGUCCAAUUAUUCAAGUAAUAAAAUAAAAAUUCAAUUAAUUCAAAUAUCACCCAAAAACAGGAAACCAUCCAAAACACGUAGCCACGUAAGCACCCAAAAAUAAUAAAAUAAAUACUGAAAACAAUAAAAUAAAUAAUAAAAUUCCAAUUAUAUCCCUUUCAAAACUAGGGGUAUUACAUUCUUCCCCCCUAACAAAUGGAAUUCCGUCCUUGGAAUUCAUGAAACUCUGAAUUAUUUUUGUUAAAAUCCAUUUCCAUUCCAUUGUGAAUGCUGUCGCUAUGCAGGAGCUCCACUGAAUUCCAAAUCCUCCAAGGAAACUUAUGAGUUCCAUAUCAAAGAAACACAAAAGUUAUGCAACACGUAAGUUGUAUUGAGCAACUUCCUAUCCUUACCCAAAUUGUUUAAACAGGGUACAGAUCCACAAUCCUCCAAGGUACAUAGCAUAAAUGUGUAAAACUUCUAUGCGUCUCAUCCUAACGUUGUAAAUCACGAAUCGAUAGGCUACCACCUAAAUGGAGAAACACCCUCCAUGUAAGGCAAUGUAAUAUAUAAAACUGACUUUCCGUAGUAACGCACCUAGCUUCCAUUAUAAAAGACAUCCCCAAAUCAACUGUUUCCCACUCCCAUUUUGAUUUAGGUAGUGGCAAAUAUCUCCAAUGAGCUCCGGUUAUCCAUCGUCCACCUUUCAAACAAGUGUUACUCAUAUAGGCAGUUAUAUACAUGUCUCGUCCCAAACCUGAUCCCGAGAACUGACAGUUGAUGUCUUGAUGUUCCUGAUAACCAUCCGAGUGCAUUGAGGAGAAGUGUCGAUUUUGAAAUCGCAUUCAUUCUGACAACACCAACAAAAUGACAAAUCACCCGUUAAUUCCUUAAGCUCAAACUGAGUAAGGUACACCUCCACGAAGAUCAACCCUAAUAUAUGCAGUUGACUUCCUUAUUUCCUAUGAUAACAGCCCGUGUCAUUGUUAUACAAGCAAAACUACCAUUGUGAACGCAACAAUGAAUCGCAGGAUAUGAAAUAUGCGAUCGGUUGUUGAGAGCAUCCACCUCCCUAUUCCUUUUCCCCGGACAGAACUUAAUGUAAAAUGUGAAUCACCACAUUGAGGCAUCUAAGUUGUCUUGUAAUUCCCUCUAUUCAUACGAACUAAUGACCCACCCGUUCGAAAUAAACCAGAAUUUAAUUGAUUUAAUAAAUAAACGAACCAACAUCCCAACCAAAUCCUGACCCUUUGUAAAAGUUAGCAACCCCUCAUCCAAAUCAAUGAAAAAGGUCUAUCAGUUGAACAUAGAAAAUGUCUACAAGGGUCUCAUAAUCUCGAAUGGUCCAUCUCGAUCAUUUUAGAAAUGGUAAACAACUGCUUCAUACCAUGAAUUAUUUUAUGUUGCACCGGGAUGAAUAAAGAACUAAGAGAUGUGACUCUCAGUCCUUAUAUCCUCCUUCCCGUUUGUCUACAAAAAGUACCAACUGGUCUGGUACCACCAGCUUUCGUCUGCACCAUUGCUUACAUCGAAGCAUUGUCAAAAGCUAACCCUGCAACUAUAUCUAUGCAUCACCAGUUAGUGAUAAACUUACCGAUAAUAAAAUUGACCGGUAAUUCCAUUCAUCGAGGGUCAACUUAUUAUGACCUUUUUUUUUUCACACACACCGUGCACCGCUUCUUUAUAUAGGUGUUCGGUCUCACCUUCCUGUCCUUAACACACCUACUUUUCUAUUAUAGGUAAGUGUCAAGCUAACUCCUUGUCUUGUUUCAAUUGAUAUGAAACUUUUCCCAUCCUUCAUAUAGUCAUCAUCGUCGAAGCAACAGCUAAUUGUUGCGAAAGAUAACCCUAAAAAUUUCCACAUUUUAUAUAGUGUAGAAACUUUGGUUCCUCCUCCAAGUGCAUACCAGUAACUCCUCCAGAUGACACCCUUGUAAAAUCGUGUCUUGAUUACGAAUAGACUGAUAAAGCUUCUAAUCAGCCCACUAUCCUCUCCCGGCGUCAUUCUAAUAAGUACCUACCAGUACGAAAUCCUCCAUCCGAACCAUAAUGGCAUUACAGUGAUCUUUACUUACCACAUCCUAACGAAUCCCUAAAGCAUUAACAACCACCAUUAUUAUAGCGUUGUAAAAACAAAUCCCUACCAAGCAUAUAGCAUAUCAAACUAAUCCUUUUAGAUUGUUUGACUCGUGUUGAUAGUUUAACUAUCCCAUCCUAAAUAGCAUACCAUAUUGAUGCAACCCGGGUCCGAUAGAUUGGCUAGGCCUUUGUAUUUCUACCCAAUCCUACAUCCAUACAUUCACAAAUCCUAGCACAUAUAGCGCUAUUACCCAUGUCAUUAAAAUAAUAGUUGGUUGAUCACAUACUUGUGUCCCCAUCCAAUCCAUACUCCCAAUUCGGAAUAAUUAACAAAAUGAAAUACGUAAUAACAAAACCGAAACACAUAACAAUCAAAGAUGAAACACGUAGAUACACAUAAUACAUAAAACAACCAAAAUAAAAUUCUACUUAAGACAUCCUCCAUUCCAGAGAAGAAAACCUCCUCUUUGAACUCAAGUUCGCAAAAGUUCAUUCCAUAGUUUCGUUUAUAAUUAUCCAACCUUAAAACUUAUCCAUUAACCGUAGCUUAACCGUACAAUCGUUUGCCUAAGCAAAUAUCCGAAGUCUUAACCAUCAUAUUCCUUAUACGCAGAAUGCAAACCAUCUAACAUGGCUUUACAAAGCAACUUAGAAUGUCACAACCUAAUCCCCAUACUCUCCAGAAUGUGAUAUAAAAUCACGUCUUCGUUCUGAUAAGAACUCCAUCCGAUUCCUAAACUUCUCAAAUAACUCCCGGAGAGAUGAUACAAAACUUUAACUAUAUGUAAUUUUGUUUACACCAACUCCAUUAGUACCAUUCACUAUACUGCUGGUGAAUGAAAGCACACUUGUGCGAUCCUUUAUCUUCAAGCUUCAAUAUCCCCUUUCUUGGAGAUGUUGAUAUCUCCACCCUUAGGAUCCUCUUCAGAAUCCUACUCUUCGCUUGUCUCCUUUUCGAGAUCAUCCGAAGUUGUGUUGGCCCCGACAUGCGGUGACCUAACACCUAACACCUACACCCUGAUCUAUUCUUAGCGUAUACUUUCUAAGUAAUGCCAACCUUGGAACUAAACCUUCGAUCCCAAGUUCUGCUUCCGGCAAAAAAAAACUCAACAACCUACUCCUUUACUCCUUCGAGUCCGUAUCGCUUUUGCCUUGAACCCCAUCCUCCUCCUAAUGUCAACCAUUUAUGGAAUAUAAUUGACAUCAACUCCUCUGAACGAACCGUAAAGAGAGUACAACGAAUCCUAAUAUAGCUCUAAGUUUUAAGAAACGCAACGCAGAAGUUCUAUAAUGAAAACACUCCUAAGGACACUAGAACCUGGAGUGCUCUGAUACCAACUGUGAUACCCCCGGAUUUUCUGAUGCGGGUUGGCCAGGCCCACGCCCGAUUACCCGGGGAUAUCAAACCAAUUAGCAAUAAAUGAACACAGAAUACAGUUAAGAUAAAACAAGAAUAAAUAAAACUGCUGAAACGAAACUAGAAUGAAAAUCCUUGAUAGAAAAAGCCUCAGAAUAAAAUUUUAUAAAUAAAUAAUUAGUCUGAUACAACCAACUUCUCCAAUUCUAAUACAACUCGGGAAUCCAUCUCUAAUGGACCCCUAAUAAUAAUCAAAACUAAAAUGAAAGCUACUCAAAGAACAUCCAGAGUAAACCAUGGAGAAAAGUCCUACGUCGUCGGAAAAGUGAGUAGUAGUCUCUGCUCAACACGAUCAAGUCUAAGUCUGGAACUAACAAGUACCUGAAAAAAAGAGGUGGGUCAGGACCACGAACAAGUUCUAACAUACUACAAUCCAAGUAGAGACUCGAUAAGCAUAUACAUUCUAACCAACUGAACAAUAACUAAAUAGUCCGUAGAUAUAUAUAUAUAUAUAUAUAUAUAUAUAUAUAUAUAUAUAUUCACACUACAGGACUGUCACUGGACUACAGGCCCGUCUUAACCUGACUAGUAGGCACCAUGCAAAACACACCAGAGGUGGGCAUGACUACCUAGACCUAGUAGGGUACACAUCUAACCAUCAUAGCCAGCUAUGCAUCCCAAUGCAUAUACACUCCCUAGCCAACGACUCUAAGACUCAGGCUCAUAUCGUGGCACCAUAACAUAAAUAUAUAAAGUUCGUUUCCAAGUGUGUCAUUCAAAAAGUUUAUUGACCUGAUACCUAGUUAUAAGUAGAACUUAACUUUUGUAGUUAAUCCAUCUUAUUUCGAUAUAGGUAGGACUUAGUGUUUGAACUAAUCCAUCCCCAAUAUAGGCAAGUCUCAGUGUUUUGAACUGAGCCGUCCCUAGUAUACCACCGUCCCAUACCGGUGCAUAAACAUCUAUAUAAGUAGGACUUAACUUUUUAUAGUUAAUCCAAAUCAUUCCAAAAUAGGUAGGAUUCAGUAUUUUACUAAUCCAUCCCUAAUAUGCCACCGUCCUAUACCGGUGCAUACAAUCCAUCCAUCCAGUAGUUGACAAUACAAAUAUAUAUAUGUAAAUACCAACUAAUCCAUAACAAAAAUAAUAAGAGUCUAUCACAUGUAUAACCAGUAUAUGUGUAUAACAUGCUUGUUCUGUUCUACCAAUACAUGAUUCUCCAACAGAAUUAAAACACGGAGAACAGGCAUAAUCCAUUCUGUAAUUCACUAUGAGCAUAAUAAUAAUAUUAUCAUAAUUAACAUGCUCACUUUAAACCAUCCCAAGAUAUUCAGUAAGUUGAUAAGACACAAUACUGUAUAUUUAGCAACUAGGUUCCCAUUAAGCAUAACAAAAUAACUAAGUUCCAGUAAUUGAUCAUACAUGUCAUACAUAUAAACAUCAAUUUAAUUCCCAAAAUAGCAUAACAGAAUAUACCAAUUCACAUGCUACUAUUAUACCAAACCAACAUUAACUGAAACAAGUCGUUAAAUUCUAUACGUCAGUUAAUCCGUAGCUAGCAGUAGUUAAAGUUUAAGCAUAUUUGUUCCUACCACUGUUCCAUGAUUAACAUGGGGUAACCAUCCAUAGUAAUCUGCUAAAUUAUUUUUUAAGCAAUUAAACUCUUCAUCUCCAACGACAGUAUCCGGAUUUUCAUAUACUGACUUAUGUUCUGUAUUACCCUGAACAAUGGUGUUUUAAUACACAGUAAUCAACUCUUGAAAGUUAUAAUAUGAACUUAGAUCAUCUCAAAACACCUCAAUAUAGCUCUUUCCAGAACUUAAAAAUCCCAAAAUCUGAGCACCACAGCCCAAACAGUCACCCAAAAACCCAAAAAACUGAAGAACUGAAGAGAGACUGCUCCAAACAAGUUGGAGCCGCCUCCAACCUAGAUGGAGCCGGCUUUAAACCACUUUGAGCCGCCUCUAUCUCACUUUGAGCGCCUCCAAGUCCCUUUGAGCCUCCUCAUUCCCCCUCUAUUCAUAUCUGCUUGUUUCCUUCAACUGUAUCCUCUCCGGUGACAUCCAGUUCAUCCGUCCUAAAUUGCUAAGGCUACCACUGGUUAAAGUUAUGUUCCAGUGUGAUCCAGAAUAGUCUAAUGCCUUAGUCAUUCACCGACAACAAUCGGAACAAGAAUUAUGCAAUUAGAAGUUAGACCGAUCAGUUUACCCUUCAAGAACACACACGGUUCUAACUAAAUCCACCAUGUGAACCAGAGUAAUAUUAAGGCUUCUCAGAGUGUUAUAAACUAAUCUCAACACGUUAUAUAGCAAUUUACAUGAAUUAAGCAUCCAAUUACGUGAAUUAAUUUAUGAGUUAAACACGAAAGAUCAUAAAUCAAGCAGUAUAACUCAUGGCUACAUUCAGUUUUAAAACAACAGAGACAUGCAAACUAGUUUACUUUUAAUCCUUAUACGUUCCUGGAGUUGCGUUAGAAUGUAAAGAACACAAGCCUAAGGAAUAGAGUAGGAUUAGAAUUUGCCUUUACAGUUUUGGAUUCAAAACUCCGUUGCCGUCCUUCUAAGUUUUUCCGAUGAAAUCUCCGACAACUGUUCCACCUCUGUUGCUCUUGGUUUUAUCCACGAGCCAACCAUUGCUCCUCCUCCUCCUUGGUUCAACCCUAGCCUAAGGCAAAACCCUAGACUUCCUCCCUUUUAUCUCUCUCUGUAAUUCGCCCUGUAACUCUCUGUUAUUCUCUCUGUUUAUAGACUUGUGCUUAUGGUUUCUAAAACCCUAAACCCCAGUAUUCUUAUGUAUUUAUAAGCUCCAAACAACAAUCCUACUCCAUGUAAAAUUAGAGACAAAAACCCUAAUUCCACUAAUUACCAAUAAGUUCGUAACAGUAUAAUUAACGCAAACAAUUCAAAUAAAUACAAAUAAGUCCAAUUAAUCAAGUAAAAAAAUAAAAAUUCAAUUAAUUCAAAUAUCACCCAAAAACAAGAAACCAUCCAAAACACGUAGCCACGUAAGCACCCAAAAAUAAUAAAAUAAAUACUGAAAAUAAUAAAAUAAAUAAUAAAAUUUCGAUUAUAUCUCUUUCAAAACUAGGGUUAUUAUAAAUAAUUUGAUAGAAUUGCUUGUAUCAUCCUGGUCUAGGCAUUGGUUUGAUGAAAAUGUGAAAAAUGAUCAUGUCACAAACAAUUUAAGUGAAUCAUUUAACAAUUGGGUUGGUGCACAAAGAAAUAGUACAAUUUUGAACAUAUUAGAAUGGAUUAGGAUGCAAUUGAUGGGUAGGAUUCAAAAGAGGUAUGAGGUGGCAUGCAGUUGACAAACAUUGGUGACUCCUAACAUUAGGAAGAAGUUGAACCAACUCGUAGAGGAAUCUAGACAAUGUAGUGUCAUCUUUGCUGGAGCGGAUGAAUAUGAAAUAAUGGAUGAAACUGGUACAACUGUGGUAGACCUUGGUGCUAGGACUUGUGUAUGUAGGGCAUGGCAAAUUUCUGGCCUCCCUUGCAAGCAUGCAGCAGCUGCAAUGGCUUACAAGAGAAUGAAUAUUGAGCUGUUUUGUGAUAAAAAAAAAAAAAAUUAGUAAGGAUGCUUAUUUGGAAGCUCAUGGGGGAAUGAUACAUCCCAUACUUGACUCAAAACUAUGGCCACCUGCUCAUGGUGAUCCACUUGAUCCUCCUCCACCUUAUAGAAGGCCUGGUAGGCCAAAGAAAAAUAGAAGAAGAGAUGCAGAUGAACCUGCAGCAGGGACUAGUCAAGUGAGAAAGUCAAUGACCAUAAGAUGCAUGACUUGCAAGCCUCUUGGACAUAACAAAAGAACAUGUCCAAAAAAUACAAAUAAGGUCCAGAAGGGAAGUUCUUCGAAAGCUGCAAAUGCAAGUGGUCCAGAGGGAAGUUCAAGCACAUCUCAGAGAGUUAAGAGGGGGGGUUUAUCACAGCCCUUGGGUGCAAGCAAUUCUCAACCCCAACUUGGUAGAGGCACAACUCAAAUGGCAGUUAGAGGUGGGAGGGGUGGUAUAAGCAGUUCUCAACCGCAAGGUGUGACAUGGAGUUUUGGUGCAAACAGUUCUCAGCCCCAACUUGGUAGAGGGACAACUCAAAUGGCAGUUAGAGAUGGGAUGGGUGGUAUAAGCAAUUCUCAACACCAAGGUGCUACACGGAGUUUGGGUGCAAGCAAUUCUCAGCCCCAACUUGGUAGAGGCACAACUCAAAUGGAAGUUAGAGGUGGGAGGGAUGCGUUUAUGUCUCAGCCCCAACUUGGUAGUGGUACCUUUUCUGACAUGGCAAUGUGGUAACUGUCAUGCUGUUUCAAUCCUUCUGGCCUCCCUGAAGAAUGUUUUUUGUGUUCUUAUUUGGAGCAUAUGUAGGGAUGGCAAUAGGGCGGUUUAAGGCUGGUUUUCCAUUCCCCAUCCCCGCCCCCGCUUAAUUUUGGUACCCCCAAAACCGUCCCAUAACCGUUUAAGUUUUUACUUCUAAUCCCCAUAACCGCCCCCGCCCCGCCCACGUCCCCGCCCCCGCCCCAUAACCGGUUAAAUUUAAAAUUUUCCAAUUUUUUUAUUUUUUGAUUCUACACAAGUUCUGUAGAACCACAUAAAUCUGAGAAAGAAAAUGGAAAUAGAUUCAUAUCAUCGUCGUAUCAAUCCCACAAUAAAAUCAGCCAUAAAAUAAAUAAAUAAAAGAAACCCCUAAGUUGUCAUAGAUUGAGAAAGAAAAUGGAAAUAGAUUCAUAAAAUGGAAACAAUAGUCAGAAACCCCAACUUAUCGGGAAAAAAAUGAAUGUUCUGUAUUUUAGAUAGAGAUAUUAAGAAGAAGAAGCAAACAUAUAAAAAAUAAAAAAUAAAAAAAAACCAAAACAAAAAAUAUAGAACUAUUGCCGAUUGGAUCUCUAUGUAUAGAGAGAGAAAGAUAUACAGCUGGAUGAAGACAAUAUCUAACCCUAACCUAAGUAUCUCUUUAAAUCCUCCAGACAAAGGUGGAAAACACUGAAUUAAACCCAUCAAAUCCAUGUAGGUGAGUUCAAUCUUUAUUACAGAAACAGACCAAAAAAGGAGAGAGGCAGAAAUUCUAUGUAUAAAAAUUACCAAUCUAUGAAGCCAAGACCUAAAAAGAGUAGCAAAUCUGAAGGGAUCUUAGAGAAAUACCUUUUGGGAUAACCUUCGACCACUAAAGAAACCACAGAUACUGGGAUUUUGUGAAAAAUCGAUGGUCAGAUCUAUCAGUGUCGGCAGCCACUAUCAGAAUAUAGCGUUUGAAAGUGAAGUCUGAAACUAAAAGUGAAAUCUAGGGUUUCAAUAUAUAUAUAUACAUAUAUAGUGAAGGUUAAUUUUGUAAAUAUAUUAAGAUGGAAGGGUAUACUAGUAAUUUAAUAUAUUAAUUGGGGCCGGUUUCGGGGCCGAUGCGGGGUGGGGAUCUGAGUCCCCCACAACCGCCCCAAAACCGGCCGGUUUUUUUUUUUUAACCCCUAUCCCCACCCCAUUUAAGUAAACAGUUCUCCAAACUCACUUUAAAUGGGGCGGGGGCAGGGCAGUUCCCCACCAGGUUGGGGAUUUUUGCCACCCCUAAGCAUAUGUGGAUAACUUGUCACUUUUGAUAUUACUGUUUUGUUUUGAUGGCAUGUGGACAAGUGUUUGCUCAUAGUUAGAGUUGCAUUUGGAGCAUGUGUGGAUAACCUAUCACUUUGGGGAAACUUUGCUUGCUACUUGUUGACAAUUUUUGGGAUAUUAUUGGAUAGGUUCUUAGACAGGAUAUAAUUACAUACUUUAUACUCAUGGUUAUGGGUAUACUUUUGGUUGUUCUGUGUAUGUACAUACUUUAUACUCAUGGGUCAUGGGUAUACUUUUGGUUGUUUUGUGUAUGUAAUGAAGUGGAGAUAGUUGGAUUGAACUAUAUAUAAGCUUUUGGUUAUUUUUUGUAUGCCGCUAUGUUUUGCAAUGGAGUUCAUAUUAUAUAACUUUCAUAUUUCUUCUUAAUAGACUUAUAUUGCUUCUAGUUUAUAUGGAACACACAAGUGUCAUAUUGAUUCAAAAACAGACUUACAUUGCUUCGAAACACAGUACAAACUUAAUAGCUACUAAAAUGUUUUUAACAAGGCUAAGAAAGACAACAACAAAGCUACAAUAAUGAACAUCUUCAUUUGUCCAUUUCUUGCUUCAAUCAGAUCCAACCGCCUAUUCAUUGCUUCAUAUUGGUCUCUCAAAUAAGCAGCAUCAUCAUUCCGUUGAACUUCACCAUCUUGAUUUGUAGAUGAUUCAUAACCACCUAUUGUACCAAUGGGGUUGCACCACUCCCAUAAUGAACAUUUUUU